AUGGACGAGGAUCUUUGCUCACAAGUCCGCGAGAACUACGGGUCGCCCGCUUUUCGUGCGGGGGAGGCCGGGGCGACGAUGAACGCACAGGACGACGCCUGUCUCUCUUUCCCGGAGGAUCAAUGCCUUCUAGACAACACAGCUAGUCCGGCGUCGCUCCCAGCCGCGAACAGCUCGUGUAACCAGGGCAACCUUGGUUCCUACGUCCUCGAAGUGCAAGAUGAGAAGGAUAUCAUUGCUGCGUUCGACUUGGCUCGCCAUUACAGGGUCCCUCUCUCAAUAAAGAAUACCGGCCACGACUACAUGACACGCAACACUCGGAAGGGGUCACUUACACUCUGGGUACAUAACCUACAAGAGAUGGCUUACCAUGAGUCGUUCACACCGGAUGGGUGCCAUGUGGAUGAUACCGAUCACGUCUACGGCACAAGUCUCACCAUCGGAACCGGUGUAAGCAGCGACGAUGCCACAGCCUUCGCGACAGAUCACAAUUCCACGAUACUUGUUGGUUCCUCGCCCACCGUUUCGGUGUCUGGAGGCUGGGUGCUCGGUGCGGGACAUAGCGUCCUGUCGCCCGUCUAUGGUCUAGGUAUUGAUCGAGUGGUUCAGUUUACCAUUGUGACCCCCGAUGGGAUUCUCCGGACAGCAAAUGCUUGCCAGAACACCGACCUGUUUUGGGCUCUGAGGGGUGGCGGCGGCGGAACAUUUGGAGUCGUCCUUGACGCCACGCAUCGUGUCGAGCCUGUGAUGCCAAUCGCAGUUGCUGACAUGAGGCUUCCCUCAAACGCAUCGCAAGACACCGCGUUGGAGUGGAUCGCUCUUCAAGCUCAGCACGGGUUGUCCUUCGGACGUCAAGGCUGGGGCGGCCACGCAGCUGGAUCGUAUCUGACGCACGUGAACCCGUUGCCGGAGAUCGCGAACCUGAGCGACGGAGGAGCCGCAGCCAGAAACAGCGUGAAAGUUGCAAGUGAUUUCAUAUUGUCAAACGGAGGGACAAGCACGGUCGAAGUGCUGCCGUCGUGGAAUGAAGCAUGGCAGAAGUAUAUAAAGCCUGCUGCCCGGCCAGUCGGGUCCAUUCAGAUUAUAGGCAGCCGCCUCUGGCCUCAGGCUAUGUUCGAAACGCAGGAGGGCAUCGAUGCCAUCAUGGGUUACGCAAGAAAUUUGUCCCAACUCGGCUCCAGCCCUUCAAGGGCUUAUGUGCCAGCGGACAUGCCUUUCUUGGUUGAAGGAAGCGAGGUCGGUUACGAUACGAACACCUCGACUCAUCCCGCAUGGUACUCAGCCCUCUGGAUCUACGGCGGCGUUGCCUCAAUGGCGUGGAACAGCACCUACGAGGAGCGCCUGGAGGCCGUAGUCAACUUGACAAGAUGGACAGAGUUGGCCGAGGAAGUGAUUGGCCCUGGAGGAGGGGCGUACGUCCACGAGUCAAGUGUGUUCACGAAAGACUGGCAGAAAUCGUAUUGGGGUGACAAUUACGACCGCCUGUUAAAGGAGAUCAAGAACAAGUACGACCCGGACUCGCUGCUAAACUGCUGGAAAUGUGUAGGGUUCAAGGAGGCGAGUAUCAGCAGCGAAGAAUGA